UCCAGAAUGAUCACGUGAUCAAUAUGAAAACAGUAUUGCUACAUUCAGGAUAUGAAAGCAUAAUGCAGGAUUAACAAUAUUUCAAUAAUACAAACAUGGCAGAGCAGCUGCAAAACAAAUUGAAUGAGGACCAGUGUCGUCGUGCCCUUAACAGGGCUCACAAGAAGAUCGUUACAGAGAUGGAUCCGGAUGUGAUUCUGGUUGCACUGAAGAAGUGUGGAUUUCUCAAACAAGAGGAAUAUGAUGACCUGAUGAACCUUCUUACCAUUCCAAUGAAAUGUCGCCUUCUAAUCAGUAAGAUCAGUCAGAGUGGCGAAAAGGCGUACUAUGUUUUCAAAAAAUGCCUCAGUGAUACCAAACAUGACAGCUUGGUUAAAGAGCUGGAGGAAAAAGAGAAAGAGCUGAUAAUCGAGAGUUCCAGAUAUAAAUCAUUGACAGAUGAGCGACUGCGAACGCAGAAGAUUGAGGAAAUUAGACGUGCCAGUUCCCAAGGGACAGGAAUCUCCGUGGAUGUUAAUGUAGAUCGAACUCCUUCAGACAAGCAGUUGGUCGAUCUAGCAAGCACAAUAGGCAACGGAUGGGAAAUGUUAGCAGCCUAUCUCGACAUUUCUUCGGCAAGUCUUGACCAGAUUAAGGCAGACAAUAGCCGACAUGUUGAGCGUGUGUAUCAAAUGUUUCUGCUCUGGAGAAGACGUAAGACAAACAGUGCAACUCUGAGAAUGUUACUGAAGAACAUGAAGGAAUGUGAGGCUGUGGUGGUCGAUUGGGAGGGCGUGCGAGAACGUCUUGGAUUUGGAUUAGAAGUGAUCGAUACCUUAAAUGACGUUGCACUAAAGAGGAUUCAGGCUGUCCUUGGAGCUCCUCACCUGAGCAUACAACCGCAACUCCAGACACCAGCUUUGCAGGAAAGUGCUUUUAAUGUUUUACGUCGUGAUACAGUGAUAACCACCACAAUUCAGAAGGACCUUCAUGACGGGAGACUCAUUGAGCUGAGCAAGGAAAUGGUCGAAGAGUUAAGGAGUCAGGCUGUCAGUGAUCCAAAGGACAUAAUGAGUGGAGCGUUUGGCAGGGUGCACGUAUCCAGAGAAGCAGUUCCAGGAUUCAACCUGAGAGUGGUUCUCAAAGAAAUCAACUUAGAGCAGCAACCAGGCAAUCAGACAACAAAAUUAGCAUCUAUUACAAAUGAAAAGAUUGCAGCUCGGUUGAUGCAUUUUGGAAUUGUGCCAUUGCUAGCAUAUUAUGAUGACCACAAAAAUCAGAAAUACUACUUUGUUUCACCAUAUUUUGAGAAUGGUGACUUGUUUGAAGCGGUAAAAGAAGACACUGACCGUUUGAAACGACGUUUUGAUGUUAAAAUGGCUUGGAAAACAAGGUUUAAAAUCAUGUACCAGAUUGCAUGUGCAAUAGACUUUAUGCACACUGGAAAUAAAUUCAGAGGUACAAUCUUACAUAUGGAUAUAAAAUCCAAGAACAUCGUUCUGGAUGCCAAAUUCAAUGCGAGGUUGAUUGAUUUUGGACUCGCCAGAGAGUUGAAAGAAGGCGAUGAAACCUUGCUGAUGACUGUCAUGCCUGUGGGUACCCCAGGGUACUUUCCGACUGUUCAACAUUGUCUGCUUAAAAAGCAACACGACUAUCAUAACUUUGGAGUAGUAUUACUUGAGUUAAUUACCGGUCUUGAUCCAUCUGCAAAUGAGGAAGGGAUAGAACUUCGAAGAUGGCACAAACAUCUUGCAGUGAGGAAAGCACAGACGUCGAUAUGGACGCUUCCAGAGAUUGUAGAAGAAACAGUUUGCAUUGCUAUCAGGUGCAUUGAAAGCGUGAAAGACGAUGGUGCAGAAAAAAACCUAUCAUCAAAUGCAAUUGUCUCCCUUUUGAUGCCCAUUUGUAGGAUGAAUUCAGUUCCGAAAUGGGAAACCUCAGAUGGCGGUCGUUGCGAUAUUUGCUUGGUGAAUAACACCUUAACCGUCGGUUUUGAUGUUCAUUGCUGUUUUCGACCGAUCCACACGUGUUGUUCAUGCAUGAGGAACUCGUACAUUAAUCCCGUCAAGUGCCACACUUGUGGAGAGACCAUUGAACCCUUCAUAAAUGACAAAUGGGGCGCAAUCUUAGUAGCAGGAUAUGAUGAAGAUGCUGGAAAAGUUUUCCUGGAUGAAAUAAAUACAUUUAAGAAAGUGAUUACUUCAAAGGUCGUGCCUGCAAUGUGCAUUAGUUCAGACAAUGUGAUUGUCAUCGAACCGAUCCGUACGGAUCCGAUGACGGAUACAGAUAAUAUCAAAACGUUUGAAUGUCGGAUAAAUGAAGCAUUUGCUCAGCUCAUGAAGAAAAACAUCCGGACAUUGCUCUUUGUUUACUCUGGACAUAAGGACGAAAGUACUAACUUAAGACAGGAGGGACAUAUUCAAGUUGGCCCACAAGGUUAUUAUUCAUUGAAAAAGUUCAGUGAAACACUUAACGCGUCCAAUUUAGAAAAAGUGAUUGCUGUUCUUGACUGUUGCUUCUCCGAAAAGUUGGACUUGAAAGGUUCUCUGAAACUCAUACAGUUCAACGCAACAUCUCCAAAUGACGCUGCAAGUGCGAAUACAAAGGAGGGAAGUCCUUUUUUGAAGUGCAUUAUUCAAGCCUUAACAGGUCGCGCUAACGGGGACAAAUGCAGGAAUGAAACGUGCGAAUGCCUUGAGCUUCUUUCUAAAGAUUUUAUUACUCUUGAAGAUUUAUGGAAGUAUCUUAACAUACAUCUUAAAGUUGACAGACCACACAUGAAUACCAAAGACAUUCAAUUAUCAGACACCAUAUUAGCAUAUAACUAUCAAUUUGAAGUAAAGUUUGAAUUUAAAUUACACUUCCCUGGAAUUAUUGAACAUUCAACGAGUAUUCAUGUUCGCCCACGAGAGUUUAAUGAAUUUGAACAAUUGAAGCUAAUAUUGGCUACAGAAGUUAUGAAAAAUCUGUAUGUCUUGGAUCCAUAUAACAAUUGCAAUGUGUCGAAAGAAGUUGCUGAUAUCCUGAGUAUAGAAAUUCAUACUGGACCUAAGGCCAAGCACAUUCAAGAGAUAGAUUCUGUAGAAAAGCUUUUGUCAGCUUGGAACUCGAAGCGACUGUUACGCUGCACAAUACGUCCAUUGCAGAAUAUGGGCGUGGGUAAACCUGUAGGGAAGUGCUUGAGGAACGUUCCAAACAUCCGAGAUGUCCAUCAGGCUGUUCUCCAGAAAUGCAACAUAAUGGUAUAUUCAGUGACAAACGACUGCUAGUUCACAAUUACACAACCGUAGGGUUGCAAGACAGUAACAAUGUUUAUUUUUAUGACCCCGAAGGAGGGCAUAUAGUGAUCGGACCGUCCGUCCGUCUGUCCUUCCGUCGCACUUUGCGUUUAGGUUUCUCAAAAUGCUCCUAACUUCUAUGUUACUUGAGAUAUAACAUAUUUGGUAUGCAUGUGUAUAUGGACAAGGUCUUUCUAUACGCACACAAAUGUUGACCCCUGUGACCUUGACGUUCAACUUAGGGUCCGCGUUUAGGUUUCGAAAUGUGCGUUAAGGUUUCAAAAAUGCUCAUAACUUCUAUGUCUCUUGAGAUAUAACCUUCAUAUUUGGU